ACCACGACUUCCUCCAAAAGUAUGACAUCACGUUGAAUAACGCGAUUCUUGCUGAGGACAAGCACAAACCUAUGAAUGAGAUUGGGGAUUUACUCUAAUUAUUCAUUUGUUGGGAAGGGAGUAUAAUUUUGGUUUUUGACCGUGUUCUUUGCGGAGUGUAUCGGAGUUUCAUGAAAUGCAGUAUUUAAUGUUCUUGUUGAGUAAUGAGCUUAGGUAUGAAGAGAUGGCCGAGAAAUAUAAUGUGGAAUACAUUGCUGGAGGUGCUACUCAGAACUCAAUCAGGGUUGCUCAGUGGAUGCUUCAAGUACCAGGUGCAACAAGUUACAUUGGUUCCAUAGGAAAGGAUAAGUUUGGGGAAGAGAUGAAGAAGAACUCGAAACUUGCUGGUGUAAAUGUUCACUACUAUGAACAUGAAACUACACCUACUGGAACUUGUGCUGUUUGUGUGGUUGGUGGUGAGAGGUCUCUUGUUGCCAACUUAUCUGCAGCAAAUUGCUACAAGUCUGAGCACUUGAAGAAACCAGAAAAUUGGGCAUUAGUUGAAAAGGCCGAGUAUUUCUAUAUUGCUGGCUUUUUCCUUACAGUAUCCCCAGAAUCCAUCCAAUUAGUUGCUCAGCAUGCUGCCGCAAAUAACAAGAUCUUCACGAUGAACCUUUCAGCCCCAUUUAUAUGUGAGUUCUUCAGGGAUGUACAAGAGCAGGCUCUGCCGUACAUGGACUUCGUUUUUGGAAAUGAGACUGAAGCAAGAACGUUUUCCAAAGUUCAUGGCUGGGAGACUGAUGAUAUUGAGGAGAUAGCACUGAAGAUUUCGCAGUGGCCAAAGGCAUCAGGAACACACAAAAGGAUAACUGUUAUUACACAGGGUAAAGAUCCUGUUUGUGUUGCUGAGGAUGGGAAGGUGAAAAAGUUCCCGGUGGUUCUAUUGCCGAAAGAGAAAUUAGUUGACACAAAUGGAGCAGGGGACGCAUUUGUUGGAGGAUUUCUUUCACAACUGGUUCAAGAGAAGACUAUUGAAGAAUGUGUAAGAGCUGGUUGCUAUGCAGCAAACGUUAUCAUCCAAAGGUCUGGCUGCACUUUUCCAGAGAAGCCUGAUUUCCAUUGAUUGGUUUAUCAGAUUCUGCUGCCAUUCUGAAGCUAUGAUUCGUUGGGAAAUGUAAAAAAGAAAAAAGCUUCGGUAAAUGGAAAAUAAAAAAGAAAAAAAACUGAAAUAAAUAAAUUGCAUCCAAGACAUGUAGUAGCCUAUUAGAGCACCACUUAUCUUUAAGGAAAAAUCUAGGAGUCAGCAAUUUUGUUAAAUUCUGGCCAGCAUGUAACUAGCAAAAAAAAAAA